AAGCAUAAUCAGCAGACAGAGAAGCAUAACAAGCUCUGCACACACCACACAGCACAGCACAUUGAGUGAGUGAGUGAAUCACACUGCAAAACGAUACCGAACCGAAACUCUUGAGUGAGGGAGUGAGUGAGUGAGUAACAAUAAACAACAAAAAGAAAACUACUGAGUUCUGAGAAAACCACUCUUUGUGUUGUUUUUUUCUUUGGCGCAUUACAACAAACACUUUCCGCUCCCUUCGCUCAAACCAUUACCAAUGUCUUCCAUUACCUGAAUCUCAAUGCUCACUUUAAACGUCGUUUUCUUCUGCCAUUGUCCCUGCAUCAAGAUCUUGGAAGGCAAUGCUGUCUCUGACAACAUUUCUCAGGGGAGGCCUUGAUCCUGCUUGAAAUUUUGAGAGUGUUCAUCAUUAUACCAUUUCUAAAUCAUAGACUUAGAUGCAAAUGUUACUUGCAUAAUCAAAGGUGAAUUGAGCUAAAUGGAUCAUACGACAUUACACCACGUCAAUUGAUCCAUGCCGCUGACCCCACUUAGUUGAACAAGGUUGAUUUGCUGAGAUCAUGGCAUCUUCAUGGGAACAUUUUGGGGAGGUUGCAAAUGUAGCCCAGCUGACGGGUAUAGAUGCUGUGAGAUUGAUUGGGAUGAUUGUGAAAGCUGCGAGCACGGCACGGAUGCACAAGAAGAAUUGUAGGCAGUUUGCACAGCAUAUAAAGUUGAUUGGGAACUUGUUGGAGCAGCUCAAGAUCUCAGAGCUUAAGAGGUACCCAGAGACCCGGGAGCCUCUGGAACAGCUAGAGGAUGCUCUCAGAAGAUCUUACAUUCUGGUUAAUAGUUGCCAGGACCGCAGCUAUCUUUACUUACUGGCCAUGGGAUGGAACAUUGUCUAUCAAUUCAGGAAGGCUCAGAAUGAAAUCGACAGAUUGUUACGCCUCGUUCCUCUCAUUACUCUGGUUGACAAUGCUCGAGUCAGGGAGAGACUUGAAGUUAUUGAGAAGGAUCAACGCGAGUACACGUUGGAUGAUGACUGCCAAAAGUUGCAGACUGUUAUUUUAAAGCCUGAGCCGGACAAAGAAGACUCUGUGGUGCUGAAAAAAACUCUAUCCUGUUCGUACCCCAACGUACCUUUCUCAGAAGCACUUAAAAAAGAAAACGAAAAGCUUCAACUUGAACUACAAUAUUCACAGGCAAUUAUGGAUAUACAUCAGUGUGAAUUCAUUCAACGGUUGUUAGAUAUCACAGAAGCUGCAGCUUAUUCACCUGAAAAAGCUCAUAAGAAAGUAGAGUAUAGUAACUACAGCUACUCUGAUGCUGGUGGUGGUGGCAAAAGUCAUUCAUCUGCUGAAAAAGAAAAGCCUUAUAAAAAAAGUGAUACUUUUCCAGCAUCAAGGUCACCAGCUCCAGAAAAGGAUCUGCCAUCGACUGGAGGUUCAUAUCAGCAGGAAGACUGGCAUACCGAUUUACUUGCUUGCUGUUCUGAACCUUGUCUUUGUAUAAAGACAUGUUUCUUUCCUUGCGGAACGCUUUCAAAGAUUGCUACUGUUGCAACUAACAGGCCAAUAUCUUCUGCAGAAGCAUGCAAUGACUUAUUGGCAUAUUCAUUGAUCUUGUCUUGCUGUUGCUAUACUUGCUGCAUAAGGAGGAAGCUUAGGAAGUUGUUCAACAUCACGGGUGGCUAUGUUGAUGAUUUUCUUUCUCAUUUCAUGUGUUGCUGCUGUGCUCUUGUGCAAGAAUGGAGGGAAGUUGAAAUCCGCGGGUAUUAUGGUUCUUCUGAGAAGAUCAAAACAAUCCCUCCACCUUUACAAUACAUGGAAUCUUGAGUGAAGAAAGGGGUAAAUCAUUUGAUUCUUUAGAGCUUGAAUACCAUUAUUGAAUAGAGGCAAUUGGCCAUUGGAACUAAACUACUGCAUGUGAAUUAAUAUUUCUGUAUUUUGUACAGUAACUUUACAUUAUUGCUUAUGGUGCUUGGUGCAUCAUAAACUCUUUUUUCUUACACCUGGUUUAAUAUAGU